UUCUCCACUGGGACUUCUCCGGAUACUUCCCUUUUCCCCCUUUCUCCUCUUAUCUCAUCAACCAGUAUCCCUUCUUCUCUCCUCAGUCCCUUCCUCUUCUUCUCCCCCACUCCAAAAACAAAAGCAGAACUCCCAAGGCAAAGUGAGAGAAAGAAACUUGGAAAAGAGAGGAAAAAGAUUAGAAAAGCCCCCCUCCCUCGCUCCUGAGCUCAUCCUUCCAUCCCAAUGCCCUUUUUGUGACCCGUUGGUGGGACUCGGACCGCUCCAUCUCUCGCCCAAAAUGCUUCAGAAAUUCGCACUAGCCUUCAAGACCAAAACCAUCGAGUUCUUUGCCGAGGACGAAGAGGAGGAGGGGGAGGAGCGGGAGAGCAUCUCCGCCGCCGUCGAUCUCGACCCCGUCCCCGAAGAGAUCAUCACCGGCCAGCGCGUCGUCGUCCUGAAGCCCGACCCUCUCCCCCAACCCCCGCAGGCCGACCCCGAAACCCUAAUUCCCGCCCUCUUCGCUACCCUUUCCUCCUUCCAGGCAGCCUACCUCCACCUCCAGACCGCCCACUCACCCCUCCUCCCCGACGCCGUCCGCUCCGCCGACCGCACCGCCGUCUCCCACCUCCGCCGCUUAUCCGACUUGAAGCACUCCUACUUGCAAAACCCUAGCCCUAGCUCUAGGCCGGUUCUUCCCCUCUCGUCCCAUUUGCAGGCCCAGGUGCAGGAGAACCAGAACCUCCUCCGCACCUUCGACGCCGUCGUCAACCAGCUCCAAUCCGACAUCGACAAGAAGGACGCCGAGGCGGCCGCCCUGAGGCAGAGGCUUCGGGACAUUGAGGAGGCCAAUUCGAAGCUCGCGAGGCGGCUCGACAGGGCCUGCGCCCCGCCGGAUGGGAAAGUCGAGGCCCUGCUGUCGAUUGGCGUCUUUGACUCGGUGCUCAAGGACACUUGCAGGGUCGUGCACCGAUUCGCACGGUGCUUGGUGGAUUUGAUGAAGAGAUCCGGGUGGGAUUUGGAUUUGGCGGCCAAUUCGAUCUACCCGAAUGUGGAUUACGCGAAGCCGGGGCAUUGCCGCUAUGCCAUUCUGUCCUAUAUUUGUUUGGGGAUGUUUGGAGGGUUCGAUUCUGCUGGCUUCUGUUUGGAAGAUAGUGGUGGAGUUGGGUCUGACGGGAUUGAUGUAAGUACUCGGAGAAUGAAUUCUCUUGUGCAAUUCAUCGAGCAUUCGACCGUUGAUCCAUUGGAGCUGAUCAGUGGAAGUCCAAGUUGCGAUUUUGCAAAGUUCUGUGAGAGGAAGUAUCAUCAGCUCAUUCAUCCAGGCAUGGAGUCCACUUUUUGGGGGGAUUCAUACCAUGGGGAGUCCAUGUGGGGUUCGCUGCAGUCCUCAAGCCCUCUUUAUGAGCCAUUUGUGAACAUGGCCAGCUCGAUGUGGACACUCCACAAGUUGGCGUGGGCAUAUGAUCCGGCGGUGGAAAUCUUUCAGGUGGCAGGGGGGACUGAAUUCUCCAUGGUUUACAUGGAGAGUAUUGUCCGAAGGGCAGUCAUGUUCGGCUCGGACCAUGGGAAGAAGUCACGGCCGAAGGUCGAGUUUACUGUGGUUCCAGGGUUUCGGGUUGGGAAGACAGUGAUUCAGUGUAGGGUGUAUCUGAAUGACUUGAAGGAGGCAGUAUAAUUGCAUAAUUAACACUGUAAAUGGAAAUAGUAGUGAUGUCCUUUCGGUAUAGGAGAUAGUAUAAAGGGCAUUGGGAAGAUUGUACUAAUAACUUGAAGGAUUACAAAGUUUAAUGAAAUAUACAUUUGGAUUUUUAAUUGAA